CAACAUGGACCGCGACACGGAACGACGCCACUACCUGAACCAGCCGUUCGUGGCGCGAUUCGUUCGCUUCCAGCCCACCUCGUGGAAGAGGAGGAUCGCGCUCAGGGCCGCCGUCAUCGGGUGCCCGCACAGGGGAGACUGCGGUCCUGGAUUCUUGAGGGUUCGUGAGGACUCGGAAUGCACCGAGAACCUGGCCUACCGCCGCGAGACGUGGGUGAACGACCGGCGGUACGCGUUCGCCCAGUGGACCGACGGCCACUCGUCGUUCGCCGUGGACGGCGACGCGAGCACGUCGCAGCCCCCGCGCAGCUGCGCCAUCCUGGACAACUACUUCGUCGACCAGCCCGUCUGGAUGGUCGACCUGGCCAAGAGGCAGCGGGUGCGGGGGCUCGUCGUGCUCACCUGGCAGGCCAAGCAACAGCACGAGCGUAGCAAGCUGUACCACGAGAUGUCCAACCUGGACAAGCUGACGGCGUACGUGGUGGACCGCCCGCGACUGGAGGAGAUCCCCAACGCGUACAAGUGCGCCUCGGUGUCUCGGCUGCACGGGGCCCUGUCUCGGCGGCGGCUGCACUUCGAGUGCCCCGACGACAUGGAGGGCCGAUACGUCUACCUCAAGGCCAGCGGCGUGCACAACCGCAAGGGCCGUCUCUACGCGGCCGUCCUGUGCGAGGUCAUGGUCUACUGACCACGCGUCACCUCGCCA